GUUGGAAAGGAGAAGGGUCGUCUGGAAAAUCCUAUUUUCUUGUUUUUAGACAAAGCAAGUGGCACGCUUAAUAACCAAACUCACGUGGUAAAGGUCGGCUAAGGAUUUUUGGGGAAACAGUUACAUUGGCUACCAUGAGAAAGGUUAUGAGGAGGUUAGUUAAAGCUACGAGGUACAGUGAUGCUAUUGCAGCUUUUAGAGAGAGAGAGAAAUUUGGUGUUAGCCGAGAUGGAGAGGCAAUUGCUGUGUUAAUGGCUGCUUUGGUUAAGGGGAAUGCCUUGGACAGUGUUGAUCAUGCUUAUCAAGUGUUUAUUGAGUUCAAGGAACUUAUACCUCUGACUUCAAUUUGUUUCGAUAUCUUGAUGCUGGCAGAUAGACUUAAUGAUGCACGUCAAAUAUUUGAGGACAUGGAAAGGCAAAAUAUAAAGCCAAAGUUAUGGGCAUAUAAUGCCAUGAUUUCUUCUGCUUGUGCACAUUCGAGAGAAGAGGAGUCAUUGAAAUGGCUUCAGAAAGUGGAAUAGGAUUCAUGUAAGCCAGAACUCGCCAUUGCUUCACUUGUGCUUCAGGAAGAAUAGGAUGAAGGUGCUGAACUCUGUUAAACCACAUGUUUAAGAAUGACCUAAGUAUUGAUCUUGGAAUAUAUGCCCUUCUGGUGA